AGCCUCAGCAGGCAGCUCGUUUGUCAACGGCAGAGACGAAGCCGAGCGGCGGCAGGAGACGGAGCUCUCUUUCUUUCUGACUCUCUCUCUUUCUCUCCCCUCUCUCGCUCCAUUUCCCUCACCGACACGCUCUCAUCCUCUUUCUCGCUCCAACUCCACGGAAACAACCGCAACCACCUCCUUCGCCACCCCUCCUUAUUCUUAUUUUGGUUGUUUUUCUUUGGUUUUCUUUUUCUUCCUCUAUCUCUCAACCAGAGAUGUUACCCCAACCAGAGAUGUUACCUCCUUCUUAGAGAUGCUUGGAGCGCCUAACUCGCGACGACUUCUCUCCAGCUGUUUGUCAACAUUUCUGGACGUAUAUCAGACUGACAACGAUGUAGGAAAGAGAGAGAGAGCAGGCGAAGAUGCCGACUAUGUCUCUUGUUUUUUUGUUCUCUCUUAGUCUUCUUCGCCUUGAGAGGGGGUGAAGAAAUGAAUGCAAAGUUUGAGUGUUCGCUUUUUGCCUUCCGAUUCACCUGCCCACCUACACACGCCCAUUAGCCUCCCCAAAUGUCUCCAAACCCCCCCAUCCCGUCUACUCUGAAGAUCAUUACCAAGUAGAAUAAGUUAGAGGUUGUUUUCUGGCAUCGCUGGAGGAAUUAUAUGUGCGGCAGCUCAGUGGAUAUGGCUUAAAUGAUGUUGGCGUCACCGUUAGAUGGAGAAAAGUCCGUCACUUGAGUGUCGUUAGCCGCUCUCGAUUUUGGUUGAACGCUAAUCUAAAUGGGAAGAUACCCGAUGGACUAAUUCGGCAUUUGAGAAGGAGAACAUGCGGAUAAAACGGAGUGUCGCACGCAGUCCAUCUGCUUUGAAGCCAGGCAGCUGUGUGGGGCACCGGGUAUGGAUUCUGCUGGCAAUGACCCACAUGACCUUGGACUUCUCUGUCUGCAGCCCCCUCAGUCAAGGUUUGGCGCUCAAACUCAUGCCUAAGCCGGUGCCUCGCUCAAGACCUCGCCUGCAGCCCGUUUGGGACACGCCGAACACCAUCCACUGGAGAACGGUCAGCCCUCUGGCGCGCAAGCUUUUGACCCCUAUCCCUCCACCCCAAGACAAUAAAUUAAGGAUAGGGCCAAAGGUCGCAGCGCAAAAGUCUCGGAAGACCCUGCACAAACGACCGGCACCAUGUAAGGAAUGCAGGUUGCCGUACUCUGAAAUGGAGAUGGGUGAGCCAGUCAUAGCGGAAUCUCCAGCGGCUUUUUCCAGAGCAAACAGGGGAGACGCAGCAAGGUUGCUACUCAGAGCCAGAAGGCAGCUCAAAUGGGAGAGCUUCGACAAGUCUCAGGAGGGCCGGACUACUACGGUGGCCGGAUUUAUUGACUGGGGACCUACAGGCACAGAUAGUACAGAUGAGGACGGUAAACAUCAGCCCAAAGUUAACCUGCCCACCCGGGCCUUAACUACCACAGUGGCAACAACCACUAGCAGUACUACUAGGCUCUCCCAAAGGACGUUUAUUAUGGUGACUACACCGGAACCCAAGAGGCUCAGCACCACAAAGGCUGCAAACAGCUUUGGGGAGACUGUCAAGCCACCAAAGCCAUAUGGAGAUACAUCAGGUUUGGCAGUUCAUCAGAUAAUCACUAUCACUGUGUCUCUCAUUAUGGUUAUCGCAGCCUUGAUCACAACACUUGUCCUUAAAAACUGCUGUGCACAGUCAGGAAAUGGCCGCCACAGUAGCCAUCAGCGCAAGAUCCACCAGCAGGAAGAAAGCUGCCAAAACCUGACAGAUUUCACCCCGGCCAGGGUUCCCAGCAAGGUGGAUAUCUUCACUGCCUACAAUGACAACCUGCAGUGCUCUCAUGAGUGUGUUCGGACUGCCGUCCCCAUCUACACUGACGAGAUGAUCCAGCAGACGCCCGUCUACAAGACAUCUUACAAUGGAAACAGGCCCUCGCCCUCCGAAAGACAACUGAUUCCUGUCGCCUUUGUGUCAGAGAAAUGGUUUGAGAUCUCUUGUUGACAAGCUGAAGGCCUUGUUCACUUCCCUUUGGAGGAAGAGAGUUCCCGAAUCCAUGCUUUGGAUCCAAAUGGACACAAGCGGCUUCUUUUGUAAAGUAGUGUGAUCUCUCUUUGGACAUUGGUGAAGAUAUUUAUUUUUCUAGAGAUGACAAACAGAGCAGUCACAGUGCACACCCUCUCCAUAUUUCACCAUGAAGAUGUAGACCAGAUAGCGCAUUGAGACGGACAUUCACGGGACGUGUGGAUCAUCAUCACCAGUAUCUCUAAUCAUCGAUACGCGUUUGACAUUUGACAACGGCACCCAAAGGGGCUUCUGUAGGUGGAAGAUGAACUCAAUUUUUGAACAAUGUGCCAAUAAUGCCACUAUGUGCCACAACCUGGAUAGAAGAAAGUUGUAACGACAAGAGAUGGACAAAACAAAGAGAGCUAUAUUAACCUUGUAUCGACAUUGUUUGUUUUGUUUUUUUGUUGUUGUUGUUUUUUUUUUUGUUUUGUUUUUAAGAACUGUGAAAAUGAUACAAUUGUAUUUGGAUAGUUUUAAGAGAUAUUUUGAAAAAUGGUCGUUUAUUUAUGUAAAACUCUAAUAGACUGGGGGGAAAAAAAUGGAAGGAAAAAUCUAAUAUAAAUUCCCAUUUUAAAAACAGAACAGUGCUAUUUUUUAUACAGAACACCCUGCCACACCCCUGACAACGGAGAUCCAAAGCCCCUUGGAUUUGCCACUCUUAUGAGACUCUCAUUGGAGAUUUUCUUUCCUGAUUUGAAUGACUGGAAAUUCUCAUAGGGUCUUUUUUUUUAUUUUAAACAGCAUGCUGCAACAUAUCUCACAGUAUCCCAUGUAUGUACGGAUUCAGUAGGGGGCAACUACUGUACACAACAAACUGCUUACAACUGGACAGGACAUUUAACUGGCUCAGGUCUGUCCAACUCGCUCGAACAAUUUGUUAUAUUACACUCAAUAGCUGUUUUGGGAUCAAUACUACAUUUGUUCAUCAUUCAGCAAUCGAUCAACGACCCUCACAAGCAAAUACGUAUUUUUAUGUAUCGGUAUGUGGUUAUUCACAUGAAUAAGAAGAAGAAUUGCAAGAGGAAACCCUUUUGGGUGACACUUGCCCGAGUUUAUUCAAUCGAUGAGAACGUAGUUUCAUAACCUGUGAACGGAGUUAAUAUUCAUAAAAUCUGGAGAAAAGAAAAUCAUUUUGCUUUGACUAAAACGUGACGUCACACAAUAUUAUGAACACAAAUAAAAUAAUCAGCGGUGCGUGAAGACACAUUCAUAUAAAAAAAGGGGUUCUCAGGAUCAAGGUAAUCUGCAAAGAACCAAAAGUUUCACCCAACAAGUUAGUCUCGCCCACCCAACAUUUCUGGGGAUUAAGCUGAGAGUGUUUUAAACUUUUUAUCCAAGUUCAUAGGCAGGAAAUGUAGGAGGGUGUGCUUCCAUACUUAACAUUUUCUGGUCCAUGACAGUUGAUGGCUUUGAAGACCUGUUUUGUUUUCUUUUCGCAUUAAAUAAAAAAUAAAAAAUCUUAAGUUAAUCAAAACAUGUCCCAAAAAAAAAAACCCCAACAACAAAAAACCCACAUUAUAUUGCUCACUUAUCUGAUUGGUCCGUGACGAGCAUAAUAAUGCAAACAAUAAUAAGGUUUUAUUUUCCUAGAAAGUGUACUGAAAGGGGGCCUGGUGGCCCACUGGUUAACGCAUCCGUCUCACAGUGCAGAGUUGCAGGGUUCGAUUCUAGGCCCGGCCUUCCUGUGUGGAAUUUGCAUGUCUCUCCAUGCCUGCCUGGGUUUUCUCCGGGUACUCCAGGUUCCUCCCACAUUCCAAAAACAUGCGUGGCAGGUUAAUGGAGCACUCUAAAUUGUCCCUAGGUGUGAUUGUGAUGUUCGUCUGUGAGUGCCCUGCGAUUGGCUGUCAACCAGUUCAGGGUGACCCCGCCUCCAGCACGGCCCGCGACACAUGUGAGGAUAAGUGGAUCAGAAAAUGGAUGGAUGGAAGCGGUAAUGAAAACACCAACAUAACCACGCCGGGUUUGUUUAGCAAGCGGCAGUUGAUCUGGUCCACGCCCGAGUUCUUACUUGACCAAACAAAUCACACCAAGGGGGAAAUACAAACACGCGAUAGAUCAAAACGGACCAAAAGGUGCUCGUGUGAAAGCACCCUUAGGUUCUCUUGAGAUGCGCCGAGCUCCAAUCAUUGAACGGCGAAACACAAAGCUUCGAGCGGAUGGAUUAUGUUUGUGCUUUUCAGGAAGAUACUUUUGUACGUGCUAUUGGUUUGUAAAAAGCACAAAUCCAUUUCUUCAAAUCUCCAUGUUUUUUUAUUUUUUGGGGUUGUAGAUAGCACUUGACAGAUGUGGACUGAACUUCAUUGGUCACCGUAUGUCACCAAAGUGAUUUUGGGUUUACAGUCAUUUCCUUUACCAUGCAUCACAUUCCCCCCUCGAUGAGAUCAUCAUCCUGCGUACAUUUUAUGAAGGAGGUCCCCAGAUGGCUUGGGAUGCAAACACUGUGGCACAAAACAGCUUUUUUUUCUUUUUUUUUUUUGCCCUUUUCCCACAUGAAAACCACUUUCAUGAAUGACAUACACCAGUUCAGGCUCACUUGUGUCAGGCUGCCUCGUUGCUUCUUUGACAUAACCUAUAUAUUUUUGGAAUGAAGAGUGUUCACCUUAAUCAACAGAGGGUUAUGAAGAAAAAAAAAAACAAUGUAUAUUAUACACGUGUAAAUGUAUUUUCUAUAUAUUUGCUUCUAUUUGUGUACAGGUGUGUGACAUUUUUUUUUCUUUUUUCAACAACUCGCCCGUUUUCCGGGAACGGUUUAAGCUAGGUCUGAGAUAGUGUCUUUGUUUACAUGUGUAAUGACGGUAAUUUCUUUUCAAACACAAAACUAACCUUGUGCCAAGCUUCUUACCUGCACUUUCAAGCAGUACGUGUAUUAUAUCUUUAGACAACCAGUAUAAUAUUUCUGUAGACGCUGCAAAAGACGCUUCAGGGGGGGGGAAGCAGCGAUCUCUUUGGUUGUUCUGUGCUCACGGUCGGCUGGGAAUCCAAUGACUUGCUGUCAUCCACGUGUUUAUGAUGAUAGACCGUGUUUCGUCACGUGAACAAUAAACGGGAUUCAUCUUACAGUAGCUGCCAAGAAGCCGCCCGAUUGCAUUCGAACGAGAUGGUGUUCCGUUCAUUUGUCACACUUGUUAUGUUGUUUCAUAUUUUGCCACAUCGUGUAUGAUUUGUCACACUCAUUUACGACAACUAUGGCGACAGGGAAUCGGGUAAGACAUCUAAAAGGGAAAAAAAAAUGAUGAUUGGAUUGAUGUGUGUACGACAUUAAUCCACAUGCCAAGAUUUGAGGUGUCCCUGAUGCGAUCGGGAAAACUUUUUUUAAAGGAUACUCUUUAUUUUAUUCCAACUCGGGCCUUCUCCUAAACUCUGCGCGUGUCUCUCGAGAUGCAAGUCAUGGUGAUACGGUGGUUGGUCCGCGCGUUACAUAAUUGAUAAAAUAACUAAAAUAGUUCAAUAUUGGAUGGCCUGUCAAAAAGCUUCUGCGGAGACGGUCGCAGUUCCUUUGAUGAAACUCACUCCCAUCAACUUUUGAUCUCCCGAUGAGUCUUCUCGUGCCACCGCGAGCCUUUUGGUUUGUCAUGGAAGGCCCCUAGUUUUUUGCAUGGAUUGCUUGCUUACUUUUUUUCGCGGAAUUUAUUUGUUCCCCGUCCCUCUUAAUGUGGUGAAAAUGUAAAAUACCACCCGCUCAACAUUAGCAUGUUCAUCAUCUCGAGAGAACGUUAAAGCUUUAUUAUUUGUUUAUUUUUAAAAAAGCGUGUUACCUCCCUGAAAUCAGCAAUUUUUCAAAUUUCACAUUUGCAUGGCAGUGGUUUGUACCAAAUUUGUUUGCAUUGCAUGGAGUCAUCCGGUCAAUCCAUCGGCAAGUGUUAACUGGAGCAUGUUCGAUGUUUAUGAGCAAUCAAACGUUUUCCCCUAAACGUAUCAACAACUUAACUCAAGUCAUGGCAACUGUCACAUGAGAAUCUUAAAUGACAUUGAAGAUACAUCCGGUACCUGUUUGCACGCUUAUGAUGCUGAACUCCUGCUGCGGAAAACAAAGCCCAUUAAAUGAUGAUUAGGUUCCCGGUGGAGACACAAAUGACUUGUUGACAAUUCCUUAUGGUGGAUGGUGACUAAUUCUAAGAUUACUGUUGAUUGUUACACUGGGAAAUGAUAAAUCACAAACAUAAGUUGCGCUUAUCGCAAAUCACGUCCAAAACUCAUGAGGUAAAAAUUUAUACUUAAACAUAUCAAAGCCACACGGACAAAUGUUGACCACUGUGACCGUUUUGGCGCCCUUAAAGACUGUGACCAUAUUUCGAUUGUUUCUGAAUGACUUUCAAUGUAUCUGGCAACUCGAAAGGCUCAGAUUUUUGCUCGACAUUGAGUUGAUCAAAUUUGAUCAAAUUUUAUGUUUGAAACUUGAACAAGAAGGGAUUUUUAUUACAAUCCAAAUUUCUGUGACUCGAUACAGGGUGUGAUGUUCAGAAAUGAUUCCAGAAUUACAGUUAGCUUGGGAAACGAAAAAAAAAAAAUCUCUUUUACCUCUCAUAUGUAAGAGAAUGACUCGUGCUUUGAUGCCUUUUCAUUUGUAUCUACUGUAGAUGUUGCCUAUUACAAAAGUAUUACAGUAAUGUAGUGUUCACAAAAAAAAAACAAAAAAAAUAGUGCAGACAUGCCAGUAGCUAAAAAGUCUUAACGAGGCACCAAAGACUUGACAUGCUUUUUUCAGACAACAAAUAUUUUCACACUAUCGUCCCCCCUCCGCCCACCGAUUAAAGCCUGUGCUCCACUCUGCGCAAACAAACAAUCAGUCAUCAUGAAUUCCAGUUUAGCUGGAGACGCGGCACGGCCAUAUGACGCCAAGUGUAACGUAUUGACGUGCCAGUUGUGUUAAUUAGAUGUUAGCAAGUAUUAAUACCUUCAACAAAAAUUUUUAACACGGCACUUUGGUUUUUGCUCUGCAUUUUUCAUGAGCUGAAUUGAUAGAUCUGAGACUUUCUCCGAAUUAAAAAAAAAAAGACCUACUUCUCUUCAACAUUUUCCGCAUAUCUAUCGAAAUCCGUGACAGUGAGUGCUUCUCCUUCCCCGAAAUAAUUGCACGUUCUUCCACUCCCUCCUCGACGGCUGCGCGGAGUUGCUGCUUAUCGGCAGGAACUAGAAACACACUGUUGUCAGAAUCAGAAUCAUCUUUAUUGGCCAAGUAUGUAGAACACACAAGGAAUUUGUCUCCCGUAUAACACACUGCACUAGUGUCAUCGUAAACAAAUAAACAACAAAUAUUGUACACGCCAAAUAUCCGUGGAUGAGGAAGUUGGCCAUGCAAAGACGAGGAUGCAAUCGUGCAGGAACAUGUUGCAACAUGAGGCGACGCGGUCAGACAUGAACGACUCAAAAAAAAAAAAAAAAAGGAGCCUCAGGGUCACGUCCUCGGUGAUACCUCAGUGAAGGCCGCCCAUAAAACGCAAUUGUGUUAGUACACCGUAAUAGAGGACUGCACAUACCGUGACCCCAUCCCCCACCACCUCCAUCGCCAAUGUAGGCCACUCGAUCCACUACGGCAAUACACACGGUCUGUCAUCUGCCUUUUCCCCGUGAAAACAGAAAUUCAAGUGCGAUGAGAACACCUCUUUCUAAAGUCCGAACGACAAUGAAUGUGAACAUUUGCCCACUCAAUACGCAGAUUAGUUCCUCCAGGGACGCUCUCUGACAGUUGGUGCAGAAACGUGGUCUCUGAUGAUCUUAGAAGAGACGAUUGUGGAUGUGUAGAUCCUGGGCUACUGUGUUCUGCUGUUAUGAGGCUGGUUGGAAGCCCCGCCGAGUUCUCUGAGACGCCUUUGGAGACAGCUUAUGAUGAUGAAAUGAUAUACGGUGUUGAAAGUCUGAUGCACGUGCCUGUAGUCGGCAUGCAUUUUGCAUUCUCCCGCAAACUUGAGACAUCCGUAGCAUUUUUGCUGUGAGUAAAACCGUACAUUUUAGAAAUUGGCUUUUUAUUGAGGCCAGCCUAAGGCACACCUGUGCAAACAUCAUGAAGCUUGAUUUCCCACCACUGCGAGGUUGAUUGAUUACUUCGGCAAAGGAGAAGUGCGAUUCAGACAGACGUGGAAACAAUAUUUGAGAGAAACGGGCCUUUCGUGUCCAAGGGCGUAGUUUGCGUUCACAAGGGCAAAUAAUAAUUAGCAUUGUUGUGUCCUCACUUGCAAGCAUAGAGACGGAAGGACACAUGACGCAACAACGAAACGGUUCAAAUUUGACGACUAAAAUGUUCAAAUCACGGGCGAAAAAGGAGAAAUUCAUAUCUUGGUUUUUACAAAACAAAAAGAGCAUUUUUUUUUCUCCAUUUCACCGCCGUCAUGCUUUGUUUUGCUCCGUUAUCGUUUCUCCGCACAAAAUCUAAGGUCAGCUCUUAUCAAUGCUAUCAAUCGAUACUCUACAAUCUCAAAACGUCAAAGUACCAUGCUUCUUAAAGGCUUCACUUUUGACCUGUGAAUUUCCCUGCUUCCCUGCAGCCAGAAUGUGAAGCGUCACAUCUCACGGAGAAAUCACCCAACCGCUCGUGGCCCUUUGUGUCGCAAGCAAUUGUCGCUGUCACAGACACUGGCUUUGUCAUGCAUCAAAUUAGCCCAAGUUGCACCAGUGGUGUGAACGCGAGAUAUCGCUUUGACCAAAUCGGUCUCGCAAUUUCAGGUGAAAAAAGUUGUGAUGAUCCGGCAAUUUGAUGGGAUGGCAUCGGUAAACGCGAGUCUGUGACACAAAUAUGACUUGGAAGGAGUUGAUCGCAAACACUCAAUGUCUUCUCAACUCAGUUGUUCGCAGGCGUCCUACACAUGAAAAAAUACACUCCUCUUUUUUCCUACUCACACCCCCCCCCCCAAAAAAAACCUUGUGGUGCUGCUAGUAUGAUUAUUUUUUCAUGUCGCAAAAUUUCCAGGAAGUGCGAUACACCAUACCAUGAUUUAAUUAGCGGUUCCACCGCAGGUACGCAGGUGGGGCAGCAGGACAGAACGCAAAAGUCGAUUACAUCAACAAAAAAAAACAAAACAAAACAAUUAUGAGGUGUUAUAUUUUCUUCCCACUGUGUAGCAUCCCAAAGUAGCACAGAAAAUUAGAGAGCUGCUUCAAAAAUCAGGCCUCUGUUGAUUGGGCAAGCCAACCCUGGGUUGGGUUUCUGCAGAAAUAAAAAAAAUAAAAAAAACGUGAGACAAAAUAAACAUUAGUUUUGUCUAAUUGCCUUGCAGCCUCUGAUUGUGCCACAUUGUUCACAGAGAUUCUGCUUUAAAAUACACAACGUGAUUAAUAGGAACCAAGAAUAGACGGAAGGGCACAUGGAUACCAUCUGCGAAUCCGGCUAUUCUCUGUCAAUCAAUCCAAUUAUCUGCUCGGUUUCAAAAAUGCUGGGAUCAAAUCAGGAAUACAUUGACCGAUGUUCAUAUUCCCAGAAGGAUCCCGACAACAGAUCGGAAGAGGGGUGCGAAAUAAACAUGACAUAUUUUCGAGAGCGACGUCGAAUAGGCUGAUUUGAACUGGUUGAGAAAGAAGGUGACACGCUGUUCUAAAAGUACAAUCACAAUUCAUCGCUCUCAUGAGAAACUUGACUCCAGUUGUGUUGUUGCCAUUAAAAAUGAAAGGUUUGUACUUUGUAUCUAACAGUUUUUUGAUAUUUGUGUUGAAUAUAUACAUGAGUACCUCUGUGAACUUUUGUACAAGACCUCUCUGACUUUAUGAUCUGUAUUUACAAACACUUACAAACAACGCAACUCACAAAGAAGUUUGUCGUUGCGAAGGCUAAAUGUACACUUUGAUUUGUUCCGGGGAGGGAGGUGGGGGGGCGGUGUUUGUCUUGACAAACCGCACCUCUUCGUUUUGUAGGCAUCGGUACACAUCACCAAUUUCCAAGUGACUUUGAUUUGGUUACUCUUGUACGACAAAGCUCUGUAUUUGCAAGCACUGUAAAUGCGAUUCUCAUUGGACUCUUCCUUCUGUACAUUUAGUACUCUGAUGUUGCUCUUAAUAAAAUGUAAAACAACACGAGCCUGUUCUAUAAUCACUUUGUUGAGAUGAAUCCCAGUGAGAAGUGUUCAGGAUAAACUGCACAAAAUAAAAUAAUUCAAUAUGAA